AUGCAGGUCAGUCAAUCAUAAACAUUUCAACCUCAAGUGCAGUUUAAAAACCAUCAAAAACUUUGUGAUAAAACUGGCCCUUAUCAAGUCCACCACAGGAAAGGAAGAGCAAGAGUUCCCUCUGUUACACAGGAUAGGUUCCAACCUUAGAAGGAGUUACCAACCUCAGAAACUGCAAGUUAACAGGACCCCAGAUAAAAACACCUAAAUGCUUCACAGAGCAUUUAUUUAUUUUGGUUUGUUUAAAACUUUUAACUUGUAACUUCAUGUUUCCUUAUGUGUUCCUGCAUAGUUUGGAUUUUAGUAUUCAUUUACAUUGAUGGAAAAUUUAAUUAAAAAAAAAAGAUUAAAAGUUGAAAACAUCCUCCAGCUCAUAUCAUGUAUAGUGUUAUUACAGAUUGCCUGACAAAACACUCAAGUUUCUUUUCCAAAAAUGGUGUGUGUGUGUUUGUGUGUGUGUGAGAGUGUUAUAAGCUUGUGAGGUUGUGUGUGAGUUAUUAUCAGACUAAUGUAUCUUUCAUAAUUAGUGUCAUUUAGUUUGCUUGAGAAAGUUCAACAACAAACACAUCUGUGUUUGUGUUGAGACUCACAGGGUGAGAGGAAUGUGAACUAAAGAUCUUGAAGCAGAUCAUUAAAGGUUUUACACCUCUAAACACAGACAAACCUUGGAAAAAUUGGAUUAGUCAUUGAUAGAGUCAUAGACAUUAAUGUGUUUGCUCUUCUGGACAGGCUGUUCUAUAAGGGACGUUUAUUAAUUUGAGGAUAAGAUAAGAGUAAAAGGUGUAUUUUCUUACAGCUGGCCUAAAACUCUCUGACAGUGGAGGGAGCCUUGGCCUUAAUCAGAGUUGUAAAGAACACACCUAAAACUGCCAUCGAGGAGAUCAACAUAUCUGUGAGUCAGAUAUGGUCCAAAUUUUGUAUCAUGAUAUUUUUAUUUUUAGUAUUUGUGUAUAUAUAUGUUUAUAUAUAUUUUUUUUCUAGUUUUAUUUCUAUUUGUCCCAUUUUUCUCCCCAAUUUACCAGCCAAAUUACACAACCCACUCAUUAGGACUACUAGUAAUGCCCCAUCACCAGGAGGGUGAAAAAUAGCACAUGCCUCCUCCGAUACAUGUAAAGUCAGCAACCGCCUUUUUGAAUUGCUGCUGAUGCAGCGAUUUGGUUUCAAUACAUCAGCCCACAGAGCACCAUCUACCCACCCAGAGAGAGCAAGGCCAAUUGUGCUCUCUCAGGGCUCUGGUAGUCCUUGGUUUAGUGAGGUUAGGGAACUCAGGUGAGAGGCUGGUGUUUAUAGACUGUCCUGCACAAACUUUGUAUCUGCAUUUGUUUUUUUUUUGUUUGUUUUAUUUUCAUUUUUUGUGAAAUUAGGAACAUAUACUUUUCUCUUUACAUUGUGUCAAAAUGUCAUGGUGAAUGGACAAAUAUGUUUAUAUGAAAUUCCCUAUCAGGGACAAUAUGUGUAAAUAUUUGCAUGUAAUACAUUUCUGGAAAUUUUAGAAAUUCAACAUACAGGACAAUUAUUGCUCUCAGGCAAUAAUUGAUACAUUUAGUUUAGGAAGAAGCAACCCUAAAGAAGCAGGUCUUACAUAUUUAAGGGUGUCUAGUAGGUUCUCAUGGUAGCUUUUCUUGCAACUUUAGAUUUUUUCUUAUUACCUGAGCAAUUCUGCUGAUGAAAGAACUACUGUGAAAAUGAAAAACUCGUUACCUUCUCAAUCACACAUCAAUAAAACAAAAUAAUUUAGAAUUAGAACUGAAGGCAGCUGGCAAACUUUAAAAAAGUGUGACAAAGUUCUUGCUAACAUCACCAGAUUUAUUUACGCUAAAAGACCAGACCACAAUGCAUGUUUUAAAAGUACUCUACCUUAAGCUGAGUCCAAUUACACAUUCUUACCAGUGUGAUCUUAAAAUUUCCAAAACCUAGCGGUAUUUUACCUUUUAAUGGAUGUUAUGGAUGUUAUCCCAGUGCUGCCAACAUGCUGCUAGUAAAGCAGUUUAUCUGUACUGUGCUCGGAGUUGAAUGUGUAGAAUCUGUAAGCAGAGAGUUUGUCUUUGUUUUGAUGAGCGGAAACAUCGCCUUUGUGAUUUCUUCCGGAAUAUUGACAAGGACGAGAUCAUGCGUGUUCCAGUCAGAGUUCAGGAAGGCUGUACAGGUACAGGCCUGUAUUUUAGUUAGUGACAUUUCCUAAUGCACUGACUGUGCAUCAGUGCUCUUAACCAUUGAGCUUUUCAUUGAUUUAAAAAAAACUCACAUUUCUCUUUUAGAGGCCCCUUUAUUUAUGUAAAACAUAAGCAUACCCUUGGUGAUAAUAGGACACGUAUCACGUGUGACACAUAUCACGAUUACUUAAUCCCUGAAAAUGCCUUGUCCUGUAUACGGGCUACAGGUGUAGGUAAUACAAAACCCCUUUUUCUUCAGUAAAAUAAGUUAUUUACACUUUGAAAAUUUGAGGGGUUUGAACAUCCCCUACAGGACAUUUGGAGAAGGAGCCUGUUUUCUCUCUGCUCCACUAAAUAUUUCCAGAUCGGUAACAGAAGUGAACCCAAAUUCUGAAUAUUUGAAAAUAGACAUAAACACUAGACAAACAUAACGAAACGAAAGAUUUGGAAGACAUGUACAGUUUGAUUUGUAUUCAGGAAAAUAUUGAUUUUGAAAUAAAGUUCAGAAAAGAGACAAUUUUAUGAUUGUAUUCAUUAUAUAUUUGUAAUAUUUUAUAUUACAUGUAUGCUUUUCAGUAAUGUCCCUUCUCAAAUAUGAAAGGGUUUUAUGUAAUGCUUGAAAAGAAAUCCUCAAGAUUUAGUGGUGGAAUGUCAGGCUGACAAUUGACAAACAUCCUAGCCUGCUAACUUAAGGGAUACUUAACAUGCCUAAAAUUACAGUUUUAUCUAAAAGUAGGUAAAAUGCUGAAAAUGAAAUUAAAAUUUAAAGUAUUAAAUAUUUAUAAGUUUGUAAGCAUAUUAAAUCCCAGUCAGAGAACAAAAACAACUGAGCAUGAAAAACAAGGACAUGGAAACAAAAAUAAAUUCAUUGUUUUAAGCAACAGUACAAUGUUUGUUUGUGGAAAUUUUAAUCUUUAUAUUCAUAAAUCACAUAAAAAGGUAUAAACUAAUCUGAAUCUUCACACAUUUUUCAGUCAGGUUAGUUAAAAAGAACCAAAGGAACACCUUUAAUGCUUCCUCAUCUGAUUUCUUUACUUAUUAGCCUAACGUACAGAAGGUGUGGUGCUUAUAGGAUGUUCAGUUUAUUGCAUUUAUUGCAUUAUUGACAUACUGGACACGUACAGAUUUUCAGCUCUUAACAAAUAAUUGUGAGAAACAGCCAUGUGCUGGUGAUCAAUGCCAUUACGAUAGUCAACCUUUAAAAGGCCUGGAGCUUAGAGCUUGAAGGUAGAAGCUUCAGGAGGACCAUUUGAUUCAGGAUGAUUGCAGCACUACUUGGUUUCUUCUUCCUCAGGUCCAUAGUCGCCUUUGAGACUGUGGACCUCUGGACUGGGAGGAAUGGUACUGUGGAUCCAGGAGACCAGUGCAGUUGUGAGGCCUUUCUACCUGGCACCACGUUCCCUAUGGGGGAGCUGGUACAACUGGAGCAGACAGCAGUGCAGAUCAGUCAGAAGCUGGAGCUGGAAAUCAUUAAGGUCGACAUGUAUGAGAGCAAACUUACCAUUUACAUGGAGAGAGUCGCAAACCUCACAGUGGUGAUCGAGAUGAUGGAAGAUGACCCUGACUCCUACUCUGAGCUCUACAUUCAGGAGGUGAAGAUUCAGAUCAAGCAGGUCGAAGCUCUCAUUCUGGAGCUUCAGGCCUCCAUUCAGACAUCAUCUACAGUGCUCAUCACAAUCCGCAAAGAGAUCACUGUUAUUAUUGUUGAGCUGACUGAACUGGAGACUAAAUAUGACAAGAACCUGGUACUGGUAACACGGAGAGAGUACAUCAAGCUUCAGCAGAAACUGGAAGAGUGUGAGAGACGCCACAAUGAGAUCUUCAAUCCCAACAUUGGUUCCUGCAACCAUGGUGGUAUUUCAAGACUGAGUAAACCAAUCAUUAGCCAGCUGAACGCAAACCUGGCAUCAGGCCACAUUUACGGAGGGUGGGGCAAAGAUUCACACCCACUGCCUGGUUCAGAAACUAUGUACUGGUACUCUGCUUCCACUGAUGCUGUGGUCAGGUAUAUGAGUGUCUAUUCAGACUACUACAGAUUGAUCAUGAGGCAGGCGAUGAAGACAUAUGACCUCUAUGCUUCAAGUGACUGGCGAGGAACUGGCAAUAAUUACAUUAUUCGUGCUAACACUUUGUACUACCAGUUCGCAAACCCCUUCAGCAUGGCCAAGUUCAAUAUGACCACCCAGAAAGCUGAGUACAGGGUGGUGCCAAGUGCCAGCAACAGAUUUUCUUACCAUUAUGCCCCCAAUCAGAUCUUAGACUUCGCAGCUGAUGAGAGUGGAUUAUGGGUAACGUAUGCUACUGAGGCAUCGAAGGGUAAACUGGUGCUGGGUAAGAUAGAUGAGGCAGCGUUUGCUCUAAAGCAGGUUUGGCAGACCAGUAUCUUCAAGCCAUCUGUGGGCAAUACCUUCAUGGUUUGUGGUGUUCUUUAUGCUACGAGAUCUGUAGAUAUCCACACAGAGGAGAUCUUCUACACCUAUGACACUCACACCAGAAAGGAACGCUAUGUCAGCAUCCCCUUUGAGAAGUUCCAGGAGAGAUACAUGUACCUGGAUUACAACCCCACUGAUCAGAAGCUUUACAUGUACAACAAUGGUUAUUAUGUCAGUUAUCAUGUUUGGUUCAACCAGAACCAAUCAAAUAAACCACAGGUUCUGAUCUAAAAAUGAUCAAAGCUGAAAUUUUUUUCAGUGUGUGGAAUGUUUUUGUGGAUGUGUUUUGCUGAGGAACACUAAACACUAAAUGCUUUCUGUCACAUUUCAGUCCUGUUAAUAAAAGUCUAUGAGCAGUUCAUCUGA